AUGAGGGCCGACCAGAUCCAGAAAUGGCAGGCACAUGGCGGCAUGGGUACGGGUCAUCUCUUUUUAUUAUCGUGGACAUUGACCGCAUCUGCUACCAGCCCCAGCGUCAAGUCUAUGGCCGACUAUGCAAAUGCACAACUACCGGGCGUGUUGUAUGGCCAGAUCGUGGCGGCCGGGUUCAGCAAACCCAAUAUCGUUUACAUUGAUUAUGUGAGCAGCACCGUUGCGCAAAGCAUUAUUCUUUACAAUGUAUUGUCGACGCCAGCUACAAAAGCGUUGGCUUCGGUUGAAGUGAAAGACGUUACAGCGUCUGUUUAG